AUGGUACUUUCCGUUCUUGUUGCCAUCAUUGCCGCCCCUGCUCUACUCGGUACCCAGGAAGCCAUCCGGCAAGGCCAAGCCAAGGAUAAGAAAGAAGAGCAUCGUGCUCGUCGAUGCAAUCUCAUUGCAACAUGCGUCAAAUCUUCUAUGAGAAGUCUAGAGAUCAAUGGCCGGCCCAUCGUCCUCAGAGAUGGCAAGUUAUGGAUCGAUACUGGCACAAGCGAUGAUAACCCGUUUGGCCAUUCUUAUGCUGGCUACUACCUGCCCUAUCCAGACACGAAUUACGAGGGCCUCGUGACUACCAUUACCGAUGCCGCACCUAUCAUGAACUGGGUCUACGUCGACAAGGACACUUAUGAAGUAAAGUAUGGUGUCCGGCUUGAUGCUCAGCCCAACUUCACCGGCCCCUUCGACUGCACACGGCAGGACCGACGCCUCACUUUUGAGGGCUGGGAAGGCUGGUGUGCCGUCGAAGAGUUUCCUACGCGAUGGGCGCUCUACUUUGACAAGGACGACGAUGGGCUCCAGUCCAAAGUUGCCCCAGGCACCCGUGUGCUUGAGAUAGAGCUCGCCCGGAAGGAGAAGAGAUGGAAAAAGGAGACAGAGGCCAGGCAGCAAGACCAAACAACCAAUCGAGCCGUCGAUGCGAACGAAGAUGCACCUGUCGAUAACCCGGUG